UAACAAGCUGUUCUGCGACACAAAUCUUCAAUUAUUGAAGCUUGUAUUCUCUAUUCCUGAAAUGGGUUUCUGAUUUUGAUUCUACCGACAGAUUUUGCUUCAGAUUCCACUUAAACUUCAGCUCUUACUGUUGAGAAAAGGUCAUGUGAUGACUUCAGUGUCUGUUACCAUAUCUCUUUGCAACUGAAGUGUGCCUAAGAUAUUCCGUUGGUUGUUGCCAAUCAAUGAUAUGGGAAUUGGAGCUCAAUUUCAAAGGUUAUCCCAUGUCAAUAUCCAGAGAUUGAUGUUAAUUAUGGGCAUGAUAAUCACUGUCGUUGUUCUGUCUCAAUUAUUUGCACUUCCCUAUGGCCAUUAUUUAUCAGUGCAUCCAAAUUCCCAUGAGGGUACAGGUUUUUUGGCGGUUAGCAGCACCGUUCUUUUGAAUGGUUCAAAAUCAGCAAAUAGUAUUUUUCUACAUGGGGUGGUAAACAAGACUGAUGCUUCUAAAUUGGAUGAGGAAGAUGGGUAUGAGAGUGAAGUAGAAGGGGAGGGCAAAACCUAUGGUUCUGCAUCAAAGGAUGAUGGAAAGAUGGACAAAUUUUUGAAAAAGAGAAGAACUCGCUGGGUGAAGAAAUCAGAUUACAACCUUACCCGAGGCAACAACCCAAAAAAUAAUACCUACUCAACACCUGCCAAAUAUCCCAAUCGAGCUGGUUCUGGUUCCCUGCCACUCAAGGCACCAACAAUCUCUAAAUAUGACAACUCACAUGAAGAGGCAACAAAUUCAAGUGUAUCUGCUCUGGCCAACACGUCUGUGAUUCGUAACAGCAAACAAGUUAGGGAAACCCAACCCAAAAUUUCAAAUACUGGGCUACUGCAAUCUGUUUCAGAUACUUCAAACAAUACGUCGUCAAUGGCUGGUAAUUCUGUGAUGAAGGAGGGGAGGAUAAGACCAACAUCGAUAUCUGAUAUGAAUUCAAUAUUGCUUCAGACUUAUGUUUCAACCAGUUCAGUGAGGCCACAGUGGUCUUCCGCACGCGAUAGGGAACUGCAAAAUGCAAAGUUACAGAUUGAAAAUUCUAGAAUCCUGAAGAACACUCCUGGACUUCAUGCUUCUCUUUUUCGGAAUUUUUCCAUGUUUAGAAGGGGUUAUGGAUUGAUGGAAAAAAUGCUCAAAGUUUAUAUCUAUAGGGAAGGGGAAAAGCCAAUAUUCCAUCAACCAUAUAUGAGGGGAAUCUAUGCUUCUGAAGGAUGGUUCAUGAAACUGAUCGAGGGAAAUAAACAAUUUGUUGUGAGGGAUCCCAAAAAAGCUCACUUGUUUUAUUUACCUAUUAGUUCUCUGAAGCUAAGGAGUGUACUUCAUGAACAAAAUUUUUCUACUCAGAACGAUUUACAGAAGUAUCUGGAGAAUUAUGUGGACAUGAUUGCAAAGAAAUAUCGUUUCUGGAACAGAACCAAAGGAGCAGAUCAUUUUCUUGUUGCUUGUCAUGACUGGUACUGGAACAAUAAAGAACCAGACAUGAAGAUCUUUGGGCCAAUGCCUCGUGACAUUGAAGGUAAAUUGAGAUACAGGGAGUUCAUGAAGAGCAGCAAAUAUUGCAUUUGUGCUAAGGGCUAUGAAGUUCACACUCCACGGGUGGUUGAGUCAAUAUACUAUGAGUGUGUACCAGUUAUCAUAUCAGACAACUAUGUGCCUCCAUUCUUUGAGAUAUUGGAUUGGGAAGCGUUUUCUGUGUUUGUUUCAGAGAAAGAUAUUCCAAAUUUGAGGAAAUACUUCUCUCAAUUCCAGAAAAGAAGUACCUGGCCAUGCAGCAGAGAGUAA